AUGUCUACACGCCCAGAGGACCACGAGAAGUUCGCCAAGUUUCGCGCGGACCUCGCUGCACAGAAGGAGAACGGAUGGGACGAGGCAUGGAAAGCGAAAGUCACCCCGUGGGACAUCGGCACGAUGCAGCUUGCUUUAAAGGAGCUGGUCGAAGAAAGCGGGUUGAGCUUCCCGCGAUCUGGCCGCGCCCUGGUUCCUGGCUGUGGUCGGGGCUUCGAUGCAAUUUACAUUUCGAAGACCCUGGGACUGGAAACAGUCGGGUACGAUAUCUCGCCCACUGGGAUCGCAGCAGCGAACGACUUGAAGGCCUCUGUUGGCACGGACGCAGCCAACGUCAAGUUUGAGGUAGCGGAUUUCUUCGCCUUGGAAGACGAGGCAUUCGAUCUCGUUUACGACUAUACUUUCUUCGUGGCGAUCCAUCCCUCUCAGCGCCCUCAGUGGGCUACUCAAAUGGCAAAGCUGGUCAAGCCUGGCGGGUUCCUUAUCACGUUGGUGUACCCCAUCAAGCCCUACACGGAUAUUGGGCCUCCGUUCUUUGUUAGGCCGGAGCACUAUGUGGAGGUGCUCGGCUCGGGCUGGGAUAAAGUCUGGGACAAGGUCCCGGAGAAGACGAUUGAGACGCAUGUUGGGGAGGACCGGAUGGUGGUGUGGCGGAAGCUUUGA